AUGGACGGCUUUAAAGGUGGUCCUGCUGAGACGGCAUACUUUGGAACAGUCAAGGCUGAUCCUAACUUUAAUGACCAAAAUGAUGCUGCAAAAUUGAAGAAAGCCACUGAGACCAAAGGUGCGGAUGAAGCCACUAUUGUGGAGGUGCUAGCAAAGAAGAGCAAUGCGCAGAGCCAACAAAUCAAAGCAGUUUAUCAGCAGUCGGCAGGAAAAUCUCUAGUAGAUGAUUUGAAAAAGGCUCUGAAGUCAGAUUUUGAGGGUUUGGUCCUGGCUUGUUGAUGACACUUAUGAGCUUUGUAUGAUGCUCUUGAAAUGAAAAGAUCCAUGAAGAAUGUUGGCACAAAUGAGGCUGUCUUAAGUGAAAUUCUGGGAACCAGAUCAAACAAGGAGAUCACACACGAGUCACUUUUUCCAACAAAAGGCUACUUCACUGUUCCUAUUCAUGUUGCUUUGUUUGAAGCAGGAGAGCAUCGUGUUGGCACUGUGUGCUCUGUCUUUAUUGACGUCAUCACAUUUUUGGCUCACCAGUUGAGAAACACUGGUUUAGAUACAAUUUGA